AUGUUUGAAGAAAUGGAAAAUAUGAAUACGGGAAAACCAGAAAUUGAAAAUGAGUGUCUUUUUGAAGUUUUGCCUGAUGUAGCAUUGAAACAAUCAAUUGAUGUGGAUGAUAUACGAAAAAUUUCACAUAUUCCCUGUGCGUCAUCAGACGGAUUCUGGAUCAGUAAUCACAAAAAACUUCUCCUUGUCCUUAAAAACGGGGAAACGCUAUUUCGUCAGAAAGGAUUUUUAACUGGCGCUGAGUUUCCGUAUGUCCAUUCGGUAACCAAGACAGAAGAUAUGAUUUUUAUAGACCAAAAACAUAAUAUCUGCGAACUGGAAAAGGAGGAAACAACAUCAAGAAUUUUGAUAAGGAAAUCAAAGCCCUGGCAACCUUGUAGUGUCUUUUGCUCCUUCUUAAAUGGAAAUUUGUUGAUAGGAAUGUGGAGACGUGAUACAGAUACUUCAAUAGUUUCCCGGUUUGAUAGAUCAGGAAGACAUAUUCAGAGUUUUCAGUACGACGAAACAGGUGAAUCGCUUUAUAAAAAGGCUUUGUACAUAACAGAGAAUCAGAACAGUGACGUCGUUGUGUCUGAUUUGUGGUAUGGCGUAGUGGUGGUAAAUCGAAACGGAAAACACCGUUUUUCUUACAAGGGUCCUCCAUCGGUUCGAAGAUUGUCACCACAUGGUGUAUGCACGGACGCUUUAAUGCACAUACUUAUUUGCGAUUACAAUACCAGUAGCGUUCACAUGAUUGAUAAAGACGGACGCUUCCUGCGAUAUCUGUUGAAUAAGAAACACGGCAUAAAGGAGCCACGAAGCAUUUGCUAUGACUAUGAAAAUCACUUGGUUUGGGUUGGAUCAAAGGGCAAACGAAACAACCUUUUUAGUUACAGAUACAUAAACCGAAAAGUUUUGUCAAAGUUUUGA